GUUGCCGGGCGACGGGCGGAGGCGGUGUGGCGGCGGCCCCGGGCCCGUCUCUCCGCACGCACCGGCGGCCGCGGCCCUCCCGCGGGGAUCCCCCUGCUCUGCUUUUGCCCGGGACAGGUUUUGGUAGCGGUGGGGAGGCUACAGGGGCGGCUUCUUCGAACAAAGAGCUGCCAGAAGCUUCCCCUGCAGCCGCCAGGCCUGAUGCCAGGGCUAAGCUGGACCCACGGCUGCCCCAGGCCUGGCCAGGUAGUGACUGAGGUAACACCUCUGUGAUUAAUGUGUUGGAGAAGAAGUUGCCGGGCAGUUGCUGAACUGCAGCAGCACCAGGGAGUGAGAGUGUGAGAACAUCCCCGCAGGCACCAAGCCCAGGGAGGCCCCAGGGAGCACAGACCCACUGGCAGCCCGUGGAGGAGCCCACGCCGCAGCGGGUGGGUGCCUGAAGGAGGCUGGGACUGCGUGGGAAGCUCAUCCUGGAGCCAGCUCCUGGCAGCACCUGGGUGUCUGUGGGCAGAGAGGAGCCCAGGCCAGAGCUGGUUUGCUGUCAGGACUUGGGACCCUAGUGCAACCUGGUGGAAGUGGAGCAGCCCCCUGAAUCUGCCUGAUCCAGACCAGGACCUGCCAGAAGCGGAGCGGCCCAGCAAAGUGUCUGCUAAGCAUGUGCUGGGCAAGAGCUUUUGGGAGCUGAAUCUUCAGGACCCCCAUGACAUGGUGGUGACCCUCUUGCACCAUGCUCCAUCGUGCAACAGAGAUGCUGCAACCAUCUGGAGGGAGAUCAUCCCCAAUGGCGAGACAGCAGAGAAGGUGCUGCGGGAGCUGCUCCUCGUGCUGCAGGACUGGCCCCUGCACAGCACGUGCACCUCUGAUGGGGGCAGGAAGGACGCCUUUGCCCUGGCUGCAACCAGGGCACUGCUGGAGAUCAUCUGCAAGCCCGAGUACUUUAUAAACGUGAGUGAUCAUUUCCCCCAACUCUUCCUGGCUCUGAUCUUCCAAAUCUUCUCCAGCACAGAGGAGCUGCCUGAGGACCUCGAUACCCUCUGGCAGGGACACCAGCAGGAAGACUGCCUUCCCACUGCUCCCAGCAGGGUGGCGCUUCAAGUCGAGGAACAGGGUGGCUGGGAAGGACUCCUCAACCCUGAGGCCCGCCUCUGUAUGAAGGGGCUGCUGGCCCGAGAGAUGCAUGGGAUCGGGGAGAGCUUCCUCUACGACAUUGCUCAGAGCCUGGUGGAGCUGCUCAGCAGGGAGCAGCCGUGCUGGGAGCUCCCUGCCAUGGCGUUCCUGGCUGAGAACACCAGCCGUGUGCAGCUGCUCUCCCUUCAGCUCUUCCAGCGUGUGAUGGAGGGGGUCAACCCAAUGGGAAGGAAACUGCUGAAGGCACAGGUGCACCAGAGCCUGAUCCUGCUGCUCUGCCUCCUGCAUGAGGAGAGCCAGGAGGUGGCAGAGGCCUCUCGGGUAACCCUGCUUGGAGCUGCCACCUUCCUGAAGAAGAGGAGGCUCUGACAGCUGCUGGAGAAGAGGCAGACAUGGGUAGUGGGCGAGUACCUGCUCUCAGAGUUCAGCAGCAGAGCUGGGCUGUAUGCACAGGAGGCUGUGUGGUGCCUCUGCAGCACGCAGCAGCCCAUGCAAGAGGCGGCCAUCAGGUUCCUGGGGCUGGCCGGACAGCACCUGAGGGAUCAGGAGGAGCAGCUCCAGGUCAUCCAUCAGGCCCUUCAACGCAUGACCAGUGACAGCAGCUCCUCGGUCGCAAACCUGGCAUCUCAAACCCAGCUCAGCCUAAGAGCAGCUUCCUCCAGACUCAGCCUGCGACAGCGGCUCAGCAGGGCCUGGAGCAGACGGUCUUCUCUCUGGACCCAAGGCUGACUGGGAGCUGGAGCCCUGUGCAGAGCCCAGCCCAGGAUAAUAUUAAAAAGAGAUCUUCCCUCUGCU